AUGCCAACAGCGUCGAUGGAAAGUCUGAAUCAGUCUGUGGUAACAGAGUUUGUGUUCCUGGGACUCACCAACUCUUCCCACAUCCAACUAUUCCUUUUUGUGUUUGCUUCCAUAUUUUAUGUAGCAAGCAUGACAGGAAACUCACUCAUUGUGCUCACCAUAGCUUCUGACUCUCACUUACACUCUCCCAUGUACUUUCUGUUGGCUAAUCUAUCCUUCAUUGACUUAGGAGUUUCUUCUGUUAUUUCUCCCAAGAUGAUUUAUGAUCUGUUGAGAAGGCAUAAAGUCAUCUCCUUUCAAGGUUGUGUCACUCAAAUCUUCUUCAUUCACUUCAUUGGUGGUGUGGAAAUGGUCUUACUUAUAGCCAUGGCCUUUGACAGAUAUGUGGCCAUCUGUAAGCCUCUUCAUUACCUGACCAUUAUGAGCCCGAGGAUGUGCAUCUUCUUUUCUGUAUCUUCCUGGGUAGUUGGCUUUAUGCAUUCUCUGGUUCAAAUUGCUUUUGUAGUAAAUUUACCUUUCUGUGGACCAAAUGUGUUGGACAGCUUCUACUGUGACUUUCCCCGGUUCAUCAACCUAGCCUGUAUAGACACACACAGACUGAGAUUUCUGAUCUCAGUCAAUAGUGGAUUCAUGUCUGUGGGAUCUUUCUUUAUAUUGAUCAUUUCCUAUAUUGUCAUCAUAUUUACAGUUCAGAAACACUCUUCAAGUGGCUCCUCUAAGGCUCUGUCUACACUUUCAGCUCAUGUGACUGUGGUGGUCUUAUUCUUUGGUCCUCUCAUGUUCAUCUAUACAUGGCCUUCUUCUAACACACACCUUGAUAAGUUUCUGUCCAUAUUUGAUGCUGUUGUCACUCCCUUUCUUAACCCAGUGGUCUAUACAUUCAGGAACCAAGAAAUGAAAAUGGCAAUGAUGAGAGUAUUUAACCAGAUAAUGGGUUACAGACAAAUUAUUAAAUAUUUUCACUGA